AGGAGGCGCCUCCUGCAGCUGCCCGGGCCAGGUCCAUGUGCGCGAGCUCCGGGGCCGGAGCCACGUGACGCGCUCACUUUCCCUGGCGAGUUUGACAGGAGUUUGGACGGCGUGUUUUUUUUCUCGCGGCGCUGCUCAGGAGGGAGCCGCAGACCCGGCCGCCGUCCCUCGCCAGGAAAAGCCCUCCGCCCCAGCGGACAAGGGGGACAAGGAAGGCGCGCCCUGCCCGCCGCGCAUAGACUGACCACCAGCACCUCGGCGAGCAUGUCCGAGUCCAGAGCCCAGGCAGCGGACAAGGAGUCCCGAAGUCCGGCGGCCCAGCUGCUUCUGGGGCUGCGUUGGGGCCGCCUGGAGGAGCCCCUGGGGUUCAUUAAGGUGCUGCAGUGGCUGUUUGCCAUUUUUGCCUUUGGAGCCUGUGGUUCUUUCAGUGCAGAAACAGGGGCUACUGUGAAAUGCAAUGCAGAUCCCAAAGACAUGGCUGCUAUCACUGUACAGUUUGGAUAUCCUUUCAGGUUGUAUAAAGUUCCAUUUGACAUGCCAGUCUGUGAUCAGGAUUCUACUAGUAAAAGGACACUGCAUCUCAUGGGAGACUUUUCAGCACCUGCUGAGUUCUUUGUAACCUUGGGUGUCUUCUCUUUCCUGUAUACUAUGGCAGCUAUUGCUGUCUAUUUGCGAUUUCACUCUCUCUACAAAGAGGAUAAGAGACUUCCUUUUGCGGACUUCUGUGUGACUAUCUCAUUUACCUUCUUCUGGCUUGUGGCAUUUUCAGCUUGGGGCAAGGGCCUGUCAGAUGUCAAAGGGGCCACUCGGCCUUCCAGCCUCAUUGCUGCCAUGUCUGUGUGCCAGCUCAAAACUGCUGUUUGUAAUGCAGGAGCUACACCAUCCAUGGGACUGGCCAACAUCUCUGUGCUGUUUGGUUUUGUCAACUUUAUACUGUGGGCUGGAAACUGCUGGUUUGUCUUUAAAGAGACCCCUUGGCAUGCACAGGCCACCAACAAGGAAAGCUCUGCUGAACAAGGAGCAGUUGAUAAGCAAUAGGAACCGACCCCCCCUUCUUUCUGAAGCCUCCUCUUCCCCACCAAGAACAGACAGUGUCUUCUCUUAUUUACCUAUUCAUCUCCUCACAGCAGUGUGGGAAAUGUGCCUACUCUCCCCUUCUUCACUGCUGUCCAGUAGUCAUGCAGGCCUCCCUCUGUGACUGUUAUGGGAUGCCUUCCUCUGACUUAAAUCUUGUGGUCCUAGACUGUACAUGGUUGCAACACAACUUUUAUUUCAUCUGGGUUUAAUUUUUUUUAUAAAUGUAUGUUAUUGUACAUUGUAACUUUGGCUGUAAGUCCUAAGCUGUCUGGCAUUUGUUUCUUCAUAGCUGCUUUUGUUCAGUUUGAAGAAAACUAGCUAAGCAGGAUGGGUAAGAGCCACAGGGAGAGGUUGAGACACAACACCUUCAAAACCUGGAUCAUUUGGGUACUUUCAAGAUCAAGCACUCCUUUGAUUUGGCAGCCAUAAUAAAAACCAUAUGCCAUUUGACUUAGAAGCAAAAGAAGGGAGAAAACAGGGGGAUUUUUUUACAUUCAGUAUGCUUGAAGGGAGGAGGGGGUGGUGUUUCUGUCCAUUGCACUAUGGAGUUUGGUUAUGCUAAAUGUCUCUCUGCUUCCUUAAAAACAAUUGGAUGAAUGUUUUAACACCUUUUGCCAUCAAAAGACUUGUGGACAAAAAAUCUUGUAGCUGUUUUCUAGUCCUAAUCAGGUACAUAUUACGUUCAUGUUGAACUACAGGUGCUGAUCCCAAGGAUGACAGGUUGAUGUGCAGAGGAAGGCAAUGGCAAAAGCACAUCUUCUCAUUCCUUGCCUUGAAAACUCCAUGGUCUUGGGGUCACCAUGAGUCUGUUUGUGACUCCAGUAAUUAUUAUAUUAACCUAUUCAGCAGCUGCUGGCUACUAUCUCCCUAAGCUGUGCUUUAUGUAUGUAGUGAUGGCAAAUCCCUUCACUAUAUGGAAGCUGCAUUUUCAAAGGUUUUUUGUCACUCCUCUGAUGACAAUCACAGAAAAGUGUUCCAGUAACUUCUAGAGCUUAUUUUAUUAUUAAAUACAGCACAACCAGUGGUCCUUCUUGGGUAUCCAAACCUGGAGAUAUAUGCUCAGCUCCCAUAAUAGUUGUUUAUAAAUCUUAGGGCCCAAGAGACCUAGGGCAUUCAUUUUCUGGUUGACAAAUGCGCAGCUUGUUAUGUUGUUGACAGGGUCUCUGGCUAACACUUCAGGACUGACCUACUAUUAACAUGAGCUGCUGAGCCCUAUACUUUAUGUUGUUUGUUGCUACUGAACUCUUGUAUGACACUGUCACCUGCCCUUCAUUCCCUUUAAUCUCAAUGUGACAAGCAGAAAUCUGGCUGUAGAACUUUCAGGGAUGCCUGACUAAGACCUAAUGCAUCCCAGGCCAGCAUGGAAACAUGGGAAUUUUAAACAAGAAAAGAAACUGAGAUCCUUGUAUGUCCCUCUGGCAGAUGAUGGGACCACUGCAGCACAAGCUUAGAAAAAUUAAUUUGUAUUCUUCACCUGUGCCUUUAAAAUCAUCAAUAAUAUCAGUAAGAAACAAUUUGCUAUUACAUAAGUUAGGAAAGUUCUUGGGCAGGGGUUGUCUAUCACUUUCUUCUCUCUGGGGAUCAUGCCACUUCCUAGAGUUUGACCCCAAGUCUAUUCUUAAUCCAUCUUGUUUUCCAUUUCCCAAAACCUAUGAAUAAAUAGAGAAGUAUAUAUGGCUUCAAAAUUCCUUAAAUCCCCAUGUUUUCAUAUAUCUAAUCUUGGAUGAAGAAAAGUAGUAUUUUUGAGGAUGAGGUGCAAUGGGAUGGGGUAUCGGAUCUCUGCCUACUCUAUUAAACUUUUCUCAGCAGACUUUUUCUGGACUUGGUCUUUCUCUUUUGUUCUCCUGUUCUCUUCCUUAUUUCCAGGCUGAGGGAGAUGAAUUCUCUUUCCCUGAAGGAGAAAUGUUAAUGGUGCUUCAUUAGCUAUGGGACCUCUAUGUUAAGCCCAGAUUAAUACCUUUUUUGUACAUUUCCCUCCUUUUUCCAAACUUGAUUCUUGCUAUCACUCCUACCUCUGCAUCACAAAACAUGGAAUCCUGUGGCUCCUCCAUGGUGAAGCCACCAUCCUUAAAUCAGGCAGUCACCCUGAUGUGCAGCAGCAUCCAGCUUCCUGCAACUAAUGCCAGGUUUGAUACAAUAAGAAAACUAACCAGUGGAGAUUUCCUUAAAAGCUUCUGACCCAGCAGUCUUCUAGGAUGACUGUUUUCUAAUCAUUUUGAAAACCCAUAUUUUUGGCCGCAAACCAUAAUUUUGGAUGCUUAGAAAAGAGCUGCUCACAUGCUAGUGUCUAUCCUUUAUAUAUACUCUUACUCUGAAGCACUUAUGGACAUUUGAGAGAGUAAGUCAACCUCUCAUGGAUUCUGUUCUUAGAAACACAAAUCUUUCAUUCCUUAAUGUUUGAUUUCUUUUUCUGUAUCUUAUGGGAAUAUUUGUUAAGAUUUUUUUUUAAAUAUCCAAAGCCUUCAGCUAAUAUAAAUCAGUCACAAAACUUGAGUGUUGUCACUUUACACCAGCUGAAGAUAUGACCUUGCAAUUAAAACUGCUGGACAGCGCUGCUCCAAAACUUGAGAAAGGUUCUGUGUCUAGACUGGCAGUAGAAGUAGAAUAAAUUGGGAAGGAGUGUGAUCCAAUCAGCAGUAAUGAUUUGUGAAAACAUGAAAUGUUAACUGUAUAUCGUUGAUCAUGUUGCAAGAUCUGUAAAUUAUCUCGUAUGUGGCUCAUGUUCCUGUGAGUUUGAGUGUGUCUGAACGUAUGGGGAAUGAGACAAGUAAUGCAUAAUUUUGGCAAGUGGUAGUAAAGUUCACAUUUCUCCUGUGUGAAGCACAGAGAAGGCUGUUGUGAGCAGCUGAGCAAGCAGCAGGUGCAGAAUGUAUCACAGCCUUGUAGGUUUUCUUCUUCAAUACUAGAUUGCAGUGAAACCACAGUCAUCCUGGAUGAAUCAUUCAGACUUCAAGAUGCAUGAGGGUAGAGGUUGCUGACACAACUUCCUUUGUGCUGAGGCCCCCUGUCACUGUCUUGAAGUAGGUGACUGGGAACCAGCAGAACAUGUGUCUUCAAGAAAGGCAAGAGCCAGCCACAGGUUUUACUAGCUUUAUAUUUUCCUGUAGUUUGCAAAGUGAUUCUAAGAGGGAGGGCCGAGGCCUGGCACCCAUGAUGUGUAUGCAAAGUGAUGUGUAAAUGCUCCAUGUGGGAAUCUGUGUGGUUACUGAUGCAUGUUUUUUUUCAGGUGCUUAUUGGUAUGGCUUCUAUUAAGUACCAAAGUGCGUUUAGUUAAGCUUUCUUUGCACAUUUAUUCUCUUUCUCCAGCCCAGUUCAUAAGCUAUAAGUAUCAUCCCAAAGACUGCACUGCUCUACUGGCUGCCCUAUUACAAUGUCAGCUUGUGCUGUUCUGCAGCUGCAGUUCCUACUGAAUCAUCCCCAACUGGAGUGUGAGUGGCAUAUUAGCACAAUCAUACACAUUUAAUUUGACCUCAGUUUGAGGGAUGUCUUAUUUUCUGAGGUUGUGUACUGACAAAAUGUACUAUCUAGUUUGCUAAAGAUUUGUGUCUCUGGGUGAUACAGUAAACAUGCUACUGCCUGUGGUACACGUUUACUUUUUGUCCUGCCCUGGCACCCAAUCAAACCAAUUGUGUACAUUUGCACAAUACACCAAAUUGUACAGUGGGAUACUGGACAGGUGUGCAGCUAGCAGAAUUGUAGUAGUGUGAAUUUCAGAGUGACUGGCAGGGAUUUCUUUUAAAUAGUGUCCAUGGUUAGUAAGUGCUUUUGCCCUUUCCCUCCAGUGUCCAAUGCAUUUUUUGAACUUAAAAACUUUGGGAAUUUGCGUAUGAGUGUGUGCCUACGUUAGGAAGAAAAAUGUGCUGUUUCCCUUAAGAAUUAAAUUAAUUAGACUAGAAGAUGAUUGCAGUUUAAUUUUAUCAUUUUUGCUGCUGAGUUGACUUGCAGUGAGAUUCUUUCUCCCAGUGUAGAUACAUAUUGAUUUUUGUUUUGGAAAUAUUUUUCAUGUUUAUUUCAAUUACUAAGCACAGCUCUUUUUUCAAAAAAUAGCCUGAUUUUAAAAGAAAACUAAAUUUAAAUUGUGAUUUAUAUAAUGUAUAUUCUCUUGAUUUAAAUUAAUCCACCUUGUCUUUUUUGUAUCAAUAGAUAGUACUUUAGUAGUAGUUAUGGGAUAGUAGUUAAGAGGGAGUAGCUUGCAUUGUUUGAGAUAAAUAAUUGUCCACAUUCA